AUGAACUCGCUAUAUACCCUUGGUGUGCGGCAAACGAACUCGAUCCAGGCGGACUUGGAACGGCUCAGAAGUGGUGACAAGUCCGCAGCUCUGUUAGGUCUGUGUCAGUUCGUAUUACUCAUAGAUGAGGCGGACGAGGAGAUAUCCGCGUCGCUGGCCGCAAUGCAUCGAACGGUGGAUGACUAUGAUUCGAUGGCCAAGAGAGAAAUUAUCAAGGCGAAGCAAGAGAAGGCAUUGAUGCGAGUACAGAAAUUUCGGGUGGACUAUGCGGAGCUACGAGGGCAGUUUGAACGUUUCAAAACCGAAAAUGAAGCGGCGACGCGUUCAGAACUUCUUUCUGCAUCCUCGUCUUCUACAAUUCCAAUGUCGCCGGCAACCGGAGAUGCGCGUCGACGGUUUAUGCCUAGUCAAGCGUCGACAUCUUCAGAGGUCUCUGAAUCACCUUUUCGUGCUUCUCCUAUGCCAGCAUCCAAUUUACGGGAACAAUACGCUUUGCGCGAACAUUCGUUUAUCCAAAAUACUGAUGCUCGGCUCGAUGACUUUAUUGCACAAGGUCGUGCUGUGCUUGACGAUCUAGUGGACCAACGGAACGUCCUAAAGGGAACACAAAAGCGUCUGUUGGAUGCUGCGAACACACUCGGCCUGAGCAGAAAUGUAAUUGGGUGGAUUGAGAGACGAAGCACCCAAGAUAUGUAUAUCUUCAUUGCUGGCGCAGUCUUCACUUUUGUCUCAUCUACUGGUCUCGUCAAUCUUGCCCUCGAUUUACCAGGUAAAAAUUCUUGGAUGGAAUCGUCUUCACAAGCACAGGCAUUUGAUUACACAGAGGGUGCGUCCGCCAUCGACAUCCAGCAAGCUCUAGAGAGUAGCGUUCGAGGAAGACGGGAGUCUCGUUAUGGCGCGGAUGGUGAUGGGACCAUGUUUGAUGGACCAGGACAUUCAGUGAACCCGAGCAGUGUCUCAAGAAUGUCAAUUGGAGAUCGCCGACGGCGUAGUAGUGACGUUUGGUCAAGGGGCUCGAGGGCCAGAAGAUAUAGCGAGGCGAGCACAAGUGGAGGUGGGAGCCCGCUUCACAGGACGAGCCACGACAGCAAGCUGUCGUAUGGGUCGGUGGACAAUGGCGAUGACCGACAUCCUCAUGACGAGAAUAUGCCAACCGGACAAGGCGAGAGUCAUAGUAUGUCCAGGAGGGCAAGACUCAGACGGUCCCCUUCUCCGUCGUCACCUCAGCAUCGGUCCUCCGUAUUUGAGAACAUCGCAAACAUGUUCGGUAGAAGUCAUUUAACGGAAUCGCCUCCUCGCAGCCGCCGCCCUUCGAUAUCGAGUCGCACUUCACGGACACGGCUCCUCCGUCGGUCAAGCAGUAGGCGCUCCGAUGCAAGCUCAGAUUAUGGUGUUGCGUCAGAAGUCGACGGCGAUGAGCGAUGGGGGUAUUCGUCUGGUGAAGAAGACGAGAGCGAAGCGUCUGUGGACGUCGAACGUGCUGACGGUCAAAGUGGCAGUGAACUCGAUUAUGGAUCAUAUCCGCCAUCCCCCUCAAUUGGACCAUCGUUGCCUCUCCUUACCGGUGAUACGUUUUUUGGUGGAGAAGCACGCAUUGAAAUGGGUGAUUUUGAGCCGCUGUCACCGCCACCCCCAGGACCACCCAGCAGACAAACAAUCUACCUGGCUGAUGAAGAUACCGACAUCCGGAUGGUUGGGUUUGAGACUUUAUUCUGGCGACAAUCGCUAUGGCGCUUCUGCUGCAUCUGUAGCUGCGGUAUAUUGGCACUGCUAGGACACUGGUUUCCUCGCUUGUGGUUACGUUGGGUCACAAAAGAGAAGGCCUUUAAAGAUAUACAAAACGGCUUUGUAGUCGUCGAGACUACCUACAGGGAUGUUGCAUUAUUUCCGUUACGAAGGAUAGACUAUCCGUAUGACUUGUCGACAGUGUUUCCAACUACACCGGAUCCUUCCGUAAGAAUACCGUUGUCAAGGACUUCGACGCGGACUUUGCGUUUCGAUGCGACUUUGGAAGACGAUCAUUCUCACAAUUUCACGUCCUUGGCCGUUGUCGAUUAUCGCUACGCCCGUUUUGCUCUGGAUCCUCGCACUGGACUAUUUAGCAUGAUCAGAGACUGGAGGGAUCCAACCUGGGCAGGAAUUGCUUCCGUUCAGCAUGGUCUGAGUAGCGUUGUGCAGUUGCAACGACGUAUAUUAUUUGGAUCAAAUAUAAUAGAUAUCGAGGGGAAAACCACUGUAUCGUUACUAAUAGAUGAAGUUAUACACCCAUUCUAUGUAUUUCAAAUUGCAAGUAUUAUUCUGUGGUCUCUCGACGACUAUUAUUACUACGCAUUCUGCAUUGCAUUAAUAUCAGCCAUCAGUAUCACUACAACUCUUGUGGACACUAAAAAGACGAUUACUCGCAUGCGAGAAAUGUCUAAAUUUACCUGUCGAGUGAAAGUAUUUUUGGAUGGUGCAUGGAUGGAACACGAUUCCUCCUCACUUGUGCCUGGGGAUAUUGUCAAUCUCAUUGAGCCACAGCUAACAGUUCUCCCCGCUGACAUGUUCCUGCUCUCUGGUGAUGCCAUUGUCAACGAGAGCAUGCUUACCGGAGAAAGCGUGCCAGUUGGGAAAAUACCAGUCAAAGAUGACGGCCUUGCACAAUAUAGGGAUGGUAAAGACGUCAAUGGGGAUAUUGCGAAGAGCUUUCUCUAUUCUGGUACUCACGUUGUACGCAUGAGAGGUUCACUCGCUCCUGAUGGCAGCCUCAGGACGCCUGCGUUAGGACUUGUUGUUCGGACAGGGUUCAAUACGACCAAAGGUGCCUUGGUCCGCUCAAUGCUAUUCCCAAAGCCUAUGGGAUUCAAGUUUUACCGCGACUCUAUCCGAUUUAUUCUCGUUCUGACUGGUGUUGCGGGCUUGGGCUUUUGUGCCAGUGCAAUCCAAUUUGUACGACUCGGGGUCAAAUGGCAUACAAUUCUCAUCCGUGCACUCGAUCUCAUUACGGUUGUUGUGCCUCCUGCACUCCCUGCUACUCUCUCAAUUGGAACCAGCUUUGCGAUUGGCCGCCUUCGGAAAUCAGGUAUAUUCUGUAUAUCACCCAACCGCGUCAAUGUUGCAGGCCAGAUCAACGUCUGCUGCUUCGAUAAAACUGGCACCCUCACAGAGGAUGGACUAGACAUCCUAGGUGUGCGUUCUUUGGAACGGAACAUGGACCGCUUUGGCGAACUCAUAGAGAACAUACACGAUUUACCUUCGAGUCUCGACAAGGCUAAUUUUCUCCACGCGCUUGCGACUUGUCAUUCUCUCAAGAUGGUCGAUGGCGAAGCAAUUGGCGACCCGUUAGACGUGAAGAUGUUUGAGUUCACCAGAUGGACGCUGGAAGAAGGUGAUACUGCUGGGAUGGCUGUUGUGAAGAGCCGAGCGAGCGGCGAUCGUCCUGCUGCAUUGGUCCAGACUGUCGUACGUCCGCCAGGUAGUGCACAAUUUAGGGUAGAAGAUGCUUUGAAAGGCGGAAAGCAUGCGCAUUUCCUUGAGUUAGGCGUGAUUCGAACAUUUGACUUUGUCUCCGCCCUGCGUAGGAUGAGUGUCAUUGUCAAGCGACUGAAGAGCACCAGCAUGGAAAUAUAUGUAAAAGGCGCGCCUGAGGUUAUGGGUGAAAUCUGUGACAAGGCUUCCUUCCCUCAGGAUUAUGACGAUCUGUUGUCCUAUUAUACUAAGCGCGGAUACAGAGUGAUCGCUAUUGCUGGCAAGAGCGUGGAGGGCCUGUCUUGGUUGAAAGCUCAAAAGCUGAAACGUGAGCAGGCAGAAUCAGGUUUACGCUUCCUUGGACUGGUGAUCUUCGAAAACAAGCUGAAGCCCGGAACGGCACCCGCAAUCCAAUCCUUGCGAGUUGCCCACUUCGCAUGUAGGAUGAUAACCGGGGAUAAUCCAUUGACUGCAGUGAGCGUUGCGAGGGAAUGUGGUCUUAUCAAUCCCGCAGCACAUGUAUUCGCGCCUAUUUUCAGCAGGGGAAAUCCGACAACACCGCUGGCAAAGCUUGAAUGGUCAUCAAUGGAUGAGCCGGGUUGGAAGCUGGAUGACUAUAGUCUGAAGCCUUUGGACCCACCUGGUAAUCACCUAGUUGAAUCGGGCGAGAUUGACUACCAAGACUACACUCUGGCUCUAUCCGGUGAUGUCUUCCGAUGGAUGAUCAACCAUGCGCCCCUGGAAACCCUUCAGCGCAUGCUUGUAAAGACACAAAUCUUCGCUCGGAUGUCACCGGACGAAAAGAACGAAGUGGUAGAGCGAUUACAGUCGCUUGGGUAUACUGUGCUCAUGUGUGGUGAUGGCGCGAACGACUGCGCCGCUUUGAAGGCCGCAGACGUUGGCUUGUCCCUUUCAGAGGCAGAAGCGUCAGUGGCUGCUCCGUUCACGAGUCGUACUCCCGAUAUCAGCUGCGUACUGGAGGUUAUCAAGGAGGGACGAGCUGCCCUUGUGACGAGCUUCAGUUGUUUCAAGUACAUGGCGCUGUACUCGCUUAUACAGUUCACCACGAUUACGCUGCUUUAUUCCUUCGCUUCGUCAUUAGGAGAUUUCCAGUUCCUAUAUAUUGACUUAUUUAUCAUCAUUCCUAUCGCAGUGACUAUGGGCAGGACACUGCCAUUCCCUCGCAUCAAUCCAAAGCGUCCGGCGGCUAGUUUGGUGUCAUCAAAAGUACUCGCAAGUCUGGUUGGACAGAUCCUAAUGACAGCGGCUACUCAAUUUUGGGCGUUCUUCUGGGUUCGCCGGCAAGAAUGGUACACACCUCCUCCCCCAUCGGAUCCGGAUCUCGGCAAUGAUAAACUCGAGGCUACAAAUUUCGAGAACUCAGCUCUCUUUUUAGUCUCUUGUUUCCAAUAUAUAUUGGUUGCAGCGGUGUUCAGCAUCGGUCCCCCUUACAGGAAAGCCAUGUGGACGAAUGGAUUGUUCAUGUUGUCACUCGCCUGUCUGUCAUUAUUUAAUAUAGUCGUUCUGGUCGUCCCACCACGACCUAUAGCGACGCUUUUGGAGCUAGUACCACUCCCACUCUCUGCCCGGACGACGUUGCUGGCGGUGGUGACCGUGAAUGUCGUAUUGUCUCUGGCAUUCGAGAAAUGGGGAACACGAGCCCUAACGGGCCUAGUGGAGACGCUCGCACAGCUACAUCAGAAACGUCGCAUCAAGGACGGCAAGUUGUACAAGACGGUUGAGGGAGGAAUGCGAUGA